AUGUCUGUGGCGGUAGAUAAAGCACCAGCAACAGAGUUUGUGCAAAGGGAAACCGCUAUUUUUAAUGACAAAAGCGUGUCGCAGAAAGGUAGCGAUGCAGGAAUUACCCCUUUUUACCAGCAAACCAUCCAGGAGAUGGAGCUGCGGAUUAAUGAGAAACAGCAGGACCUCCGCCGGCUCGAGGCCCAGCGCAAUGCCUUGAAUGCCAAGGUUCGAUUGCUCAAGGAAGAGCUACAGCUUUUGCAGGAGCCUGGCUCGUACGUGGGUGAGGUCGUCAAGGUCAUGAGCAAAGACAAGGUCCUGGUAAAAGUCCACCCCGAGGGCAAGUAUGUGGUAGAUGUGGCAAGCGAUAUCGAUGUCAAGCAGAUCCAACCCAGCAUGCGUGUUUGUUUGCGUAGCGACAGCUAUCAGCUGCACCAGAUUCUGCCAAACAAGGUAGACCCGCUGGUUUCGCUCAUGAUGGUCGAGAAAGUUCCGGACUCCACGUUCGAUAUGGUGGGUGGCUUGGACAAGCAAAUCAAGGAAAUCAAAGAGGUCAUUGAGUUGCCAGUCAAGCACCCAGAGCUUUUCGAGUCUUUGGGCAUUGCCCAACCCAAGGGUGUUAUCUUGUAUGGUCCCCCGGGAACCGGCAAGACCCUGCUGGCUCGGGCGGUUGCCCACCACACCGAGUGCAAGUUCAUUCGAGUGUCUGGCUCUGAGCUUGUGCAGAAAUACAUUGGCGAGGGUUCUAGGAUGGUACGCGAGCUCUUUGUGAUGGCUCGUGAGCACGCGCCGUCGAUUAUUUUCAUGGACGAAAUUGACUCGAUUGGUUCUUCGCGGGGCGAAGGCGGAUCGGGUUCUGGCGACUCAGAGGUCCAGCGGACAAUGCUGGAGCUUCUAAACCAGCUUGAUGGGUUCGAGUCAUCAAAGGAUAUCAAGAUCAUCAUGGCUACUAACCGCCUGGAUAUUCUCGAUCCCGCCCUGCUGCGACCCGGACGAAUUGACCGCAAGAUCGAGUUCCCGCCGCCCACAGUUGAGGCACGUGCUGACAUUCUGCGCAUCCACUCGAGAUCAAUGAAUUUGACUCGAGGGAUUGAUUUGCACAAGAUUGCCGAGAAAAUGACAGGCUUCUCUGGUGCAGAAGUCAAAGGCGUCUGCACGGAGGCGGGCAUGUACGCUCUUCGCGAGCACCGCAUCCACGUCACCCAAGAGGACUUUGAGCUAGCAGUGGCAAAGGUUAUGGCCCGCAGCGACGAUGGUGAAGUCGCUCUCGCCAAGUUCUUCAAGUAA